AUGAUGAAACGAGUUUUCGCUGUAUUGCCAUCAUCAUCAACUUCAUCAUCGGUACAUUCUCUCAAUUGCCGAAAGAGUGUUCUUCAAAUUUCAACAUGCAAUAUUCAACUAAGACACGACAGUAAAUGGGUGAAAGUGAGCAGUUUAUCAAAGACAGAACUCCAAGAAUUAAUUAAAAAAUAUGGUCCUGAUACACCAAAAGGUGCCAAAGGAUGGGGCCUGGAAGGACACGAACUUCCAAUCAAUAUCCUGAAGGAAGCAAAGAACCCUGUAAUUAAAUCACCAGAUAAAUAUCCACAAUGGCUAUUUGAUGUUAGUUACAAACCGGACCCAACUCUUGAACAACUCAAAGAAAAAACUGCCAAAGGAGAGCAACUAACCCCUGUUGAGCAAAAGAGAUUUGCAAAAUUGACAAGAAGAGCAAAAAUCAAGGAAAAUAACUUUAACCGUGUUAUGGGAAUUGUGCUAGCCUAA